ACAAUCGCUCACGCCACCCUAGCGAGCAGAUUCGAGACGACGAGACGAUGGAGCUCUUCCUUAACUUAUGGACGCAUAUGGUCGGCCCUUUCCGCGCCCAGGUCCACAAGUUCGUAUAUGCUCCGCACGCCGGUGCGCACUACACGUGCCAAUGCUCGACGUGCAGCACCUUUGAUUUCGGGAAGUGGGUUGGCCGCAUGUACGACGUUAUUGGCGCCAAAACCAUUGCUGGGGCGUUCAAGUUCUGGAUAAACGUGAGUCGGCAGGCCUCGUACUUUUACAAUGCUGACAUUUCCGGCUCACGUCGAAGAAUGUGAAAUCUUUCGACGAACCCCUCGUGUCCGACUUGCAAUGCCUCGAAAUGUUCGCUUACCAUCCCUCGCAUGCACACGCCUUCUGCAACUACUUCUUCAUUAAUGAGCUCACCGUCAGCAUACAGCGUCAGUAUAAAUGGGGAAAUGUUAUGGAGAUGGAUAUCGAGGUUUUUGACCGCGUCAGCCGGCUGGUCGUGUAUGUCAUCAUCGUUGCCCCCUUGGUCCUUCAUAUGUUCGCUGAAUAGUUUGUUUACAGGCGUAUAGGUCGCUGCGAAGAGCACGAAGUCGAACGCUUACUCGAGAAUCUCAAAAUUGAUAGGAUGACGGGUGUAACUUCCGGGUUCCUAGCUGAUAUACAGACUCGUAUGAGUUGAGUACUCCACUCUCAGGAGGCGUGUUCGACCACUCAUGUACACUCAGUGGAGCACGACGUGGAAAAAAUGCGCUGCACAGGAAACUGGAUAUUCUUUGAGGCUCUCGUUCACCCCAUGGAAUGCAAAGACGAAGAGUGUCCGAAGAAGGUGACGGAGGACUUCGAGCGCGAGCUCCGCGGAACCUUCGAAAUGCAUUAUAUCAGGUUCAACCGCGAACUCGUUAGGUUUGUUAGUGAAGGCAGCGUGUACGCAAAGCACGUCUGGGUGCUCUGGCAGAACCUCGCAAAGGUGCUAGGCUGUACCGAAGCUGGACUCCGUCAGAAAUGGUUAGACGAAGGGCAGUGCUGGAACGCGGCAUGUAGGACCCGCAUGGAAACCGCAAAGGGCAGGCAUAGAAGAUGUGCCAGGUGUCAUAAAGUGCGUUUUUGCUCUUCGGAGUGUCAGAAAGAGUGAGUAGCU